UCCUUUGUUGUUGUUCUCACGCUAAUGUACGAGAUCCGUAGACCCGACUCAACUGCGCGGUCACAUUCCGCCCCGACUUCCCCUCUGCCAGCGGCCUGGUGGUUUGAGAUGAGUAGAAGAUGUCGGUUUCGGGGCUGAAGGCCGAAUUGAAGUUUUUGGAGUCCAUUUUUGACCCAAACCACGAACGAUUCAGAAUAAUAGACUGGAAACCCGAUGAACUCAGUUGCCAAUUUAACGUAACAGGAGAGAAGCUACUGAUCAUUCACUGCAACAUCACGGAAUCUUAUCCCUCAACACCCCCGAUAUGGUUUGUUGACUCUGAUGAUCCUUGUCUGGCUGAAGUGUUGGAGCGCUUAGAGGACGUGAGAAAAGGAAGCACAUUGCUCCUUCAGCAGUUGAAGCGCCUCAUUUGUGAUCUCUGCCGGCUUUACAACCUGCCACAACAUCCAGAUGUAGAAAUGCUCGACCAGCCUCUGCCUGCUGGCCCCAUAACCCAGGAGCGAAAGCAUGGUCCAUCUGAUGAGGUGACAUCUGAAGAGGAAGAAGAGGAAGAAAUGGGAGAGCAGGACAUUGACCUGGACCAAGACCUGGACCAUUACGACAUGAAAGAAGAGGAGCCAGUUGAUGGAAAAAAGUCAGAAGAUGACGGGAUAGAAAAAGAAAAUCUGGCCAUCUUGGAGAAGAUUCGUAAAAACCAGAGACAGGAUCACUUGAAUGGUGCUGUGUCCGGCUCCGUGCAAGCCUCAGACCGCCUAAUGAAGGAACUCAGGGAGAUCUACAGAUCACAGAGUUACAAGACAGGUAUUUAUUCAGUCGAACUAGUCGGCGACAGCCUUUAUGAAUGGCAUGUCAAGUUAAGGACGGUAGACCCAGAUAGUCCAUUACAUAGUGACUUGCAGGUCUUAAAAGAAAAGGAAGGAGUGGACUACAUUCUGCUCAAUUUCUCUUAUAAAGAUAAUUUUCCUUUUGACCCACCUUUUGUACGGGUUGUCUCACCUGUGCUCUCCGGAGGUUAUGUUCUAGGAGGAGGGGCCUUGUGCAUGGAGCUUCUCACAAAACAGGGCUGGAGCAGUGCCUAUUCCAUAGAAUCUGUCAUUAUGCAGAUUAAUGCAACACUGGUGAAAGGAAAAGCCAGGGUGCAGUUUGGAGCCAAUAAGAACCAGUACAAUCUUGCCAGAGCACAACAGUCGUACAAAUCCCUUGUGCAGAUUCAUGAAAAGAAUGGCUGGUACACACCACCUAAAGAGGACGGAUAAGGAGCUACUACCACUAUGCACUGGGAACACGUCUUUGGGUCAAAGUAUCUUGUUUUCUUUGGAUUCCCCCCCUUCCCCCCUCCCCCUCCUUUACUGGGGAUAUAUCAUCUUUCUCGCGGAAACCAUGUCGUUGGCUCAUCUGACAAGUAUACCUUCGCCCCGCUCCGUUAAAGACUUUAUUGUGGUAUCACUUUGCUUCUCCCCUCUCUGUUUUAGUGAGGAGGAGAAUGUGAGGGUGUCACUAGUACUGUUUUCUAAAUAUGCUCAUUUGUCUUUAAAAAACAAAAACAAAAAAAACCCAUUUCUCCCUUUAGAUGUGAGGAAAUGCUUUUUCUUUAGCUGCUUUGACAAAGUGGGCUUCACAGACAGUCAGUUACCCAUCCUCAAAAUGGGAAUUUUAGCAGAAGAUUGAUACUGAAGCUCUUGAUGUGACCUCACUGCACCGGUUUUUAUUGGCCACAAUUCCCCCCCCCCCCCCCCUUUUUUUUUUUUUGGAAAUGAACUGGUACCUAAAUGCAAAUAUUUUAGAAAUAUUAUUAAGCCAUUAUUUUUAUUAUUUGAGAAUCCUAGACAAUAAAUAAAUACAUUUCAUAUUUUGGAAGCUUAUCUUAAUAUUGAGACGACGUACCACUCGGUAUCCUUUAGCUCUUAAUAUUUGAAGAAUAUCGGCCAAAGCAGAAUCAAAUGCUGCAAUGUUGUCGAACUAAGAUUAGCUGUCGUCUGUGAACAAAUCAACCAGCGGUUGAUCAUUUAAAAAAACAAAACAGGGCCAAUGGACAUGAACUAUCUCAGAAUCUGCAUGUUGCAUAUCCUGGGAAGAGGAUACAUAGAUAUAUUUUCACCUGAAGAUCAUAAGAACUUUUGACAGAUCUAAUGUUGACGCUAAAGAGCUCUUUUUGCCUGAUUUUAGUUUUAACACAAUAGCCCUGCAAGCGCUCAGUCUGGCUAUUAGUCCUUCUAUUGAUUAAAGCUGUAGAGGUGGAUGGUUAGGUUGAUGCUGAAAAUGCAGUCACUGUGUUAAGCAGAAUCGCACUGGGAUUAGCUUUACAGGGGGAAUAAAUGAAGGGUGUUUGGAUGUGAUUUUCUUUCUUCAUAAUUUUGCCCAGUUUAGCAGCAAAUGUGUGUCAUAUCUUCCUGACGUGCAUCGAUUGUAGUGGUUUGCCCUUGCCCAGUUUAGAUUUGAAACUGCUUCCCUGUUACAUGACGUCACACAUGCAGCUGGAUUCAUCUCCUCUCUGCUGUUUUCUCAGUUAUCCGCUAAAACAACCACCUUUUGCCACAACAAUGUACCAUAAAUAUGUUUUCGGUGUCGCUUUUGGUGUGUAACAAUAAGGAUAAUUCAGAACUGACCUGAAACUCUACUUUGACCAUGCAAUAUACCGUAGUACGUCAUCACUACUGCUGUUCCCCAUACUACAGGACACACACUGUAUCUAACAGUCUGUCGGCUCUUUUGCAGUUUAUUUGUUAACACUGUCUGCGAAAGUAUGUUUUAAUGGCAACUCAGGUAACAAACAAUACUUAGGAGGGGAUUCUAUACAUGUACAUGUCAAGUUUUGGGUUCUUUUCUUGGAUUAAGUAACGCUGUGUACCGCUGACUUUUAGGCUUACUCACCCACUGAUCUGAUGUCAAAAACAGAUGAUGUAAUGAGCUUUACAAAAAUAUGGGCCACUCGUUUCUUAUAGUUUAAGUAAUGUAAGAGGAAGGACAUUUGCAGAAAGAUGCCAUUUUCAACAGGAUUGCAGUUGCAUGAUGACCAUCUCAUGUAAUGGCUCAUCAAUACACACUCUUAGUAUUUUAUGCUUUUUUUUUUUUCAUCCCAAAUACUGAAGUAGAUUUUAUUUCAGUGUGUGAUCUUUAAAUAUUCCUGAUAAGAAAAAUAUUUGCACAACUGGCAACAAUGUGCCUGGAGAGGUCAAUUAUAACAACAAAUGCAUUCUGAGCUAAAUAUUUAAAAAUCAGGAAGUAAAAAAAAAAAGCACACAUCCUGUUGUUACUUGUCUGAAAUAGCUGAGGGGGAAGGAAUCAUCAGGUCUCUUAAUCAACAAGUGUCCUCAUCUGAAGGGCCUGGGUGGUCUGGCCACGAUAUUCGGAGACAAUUGGAGUUUGAUAGUCCUGCCGUGGUGAAUAGACUUGCACGCUUCUUUAACUGGACUGUGUUGAAAAGAUCAGUUUAUCUCGACUGUCAAUUCAUCUUCUGGCACCGACGAAACACGAUCAAGUCUGGCACCGUCGGCUCGCUUUGGUUUUAUUUUAUUUCUCAUUUUCCAUUUGAAGAGAUUUUGACCAUGUACAGUAAUUUGUAAACUUGCAUCAAGUUUAUGAAUAAAGAAUUUUAAGAUUAUUGCUGUUUUACUGGGGUCCCUGUGUAUUAUUUUUCACUGUUACUUAAUUGAUUGCAGAUGUAUUGGGCUGACAUUGGUAUUUUAUUAAAUGAAUAAAAUAACUUACUGCUGACGCAACUUUCA